GCUUCACCUCUAGCGUCCAGCUUCACGGCCGCCCAGCAGGCUGUUCACGACAUCCACGCCCUUCGACGUUUCUGAGUUGGCUACUCUCAGCAUCGGCAAGGCUGUCACCUGCUCCAUCGCCCUUGCCGAUACACUUUUGCCAGUCUUCGACCUCUCGGCGCUGGGAUUGCUAACCUCAUCGUUGCUGUUGCCAUCUUCCUCGCUACGCUCUCUAGUUUACCUUCUCUGUUCCGGUUCGACCACGCCUCUUAAGUGCGUCUGCGGCUGAGGGAUGGCCACCGCGUUGCAGCUCCCUCCUCCUGACACCGGUCCAACCUUCAACGAGACGGGGAUAACAUCUACACACGCUCACAUGAACGAAUACGCAAGCCGUCUAUCCAUUGCGGAGUUCGACCAGUUGGGGGACACGCGGUAUCCCACGUUGAAUCCUGCUCCCAGGCCUCUUUCGUCUAUUAUGCCGAUCAACAGACCCGAACGACUUGCAGACGCCCCCACCGCCGUCAAUGCACAGGGAAGCUGGAACGACUAUCCCAUGGGUGGAAAUCCCGGAGCAUGGGGAGGGGAGAAGCUUUGGGAGGAGGUCGCAGCCGAGAGUCAACGGCGCGAAGACGCGAGCUCUUCCAGCAAGCCACAGGCGCAGUCUCCGAACGCGGAGAGCACGCUGCAGCCAUACUCUGCACCGUCUGGGAGCCCACCGCGCAUGUCAGCCCGUGCAGUACGUGACGAUUCUCCCCAACGUCGUCCAUCAGGCGUCCCCUCCGCAGAAGCCUCCCGACUUCCCGGAGAGUCAACGCAGGCCCUAGAUAUGGGUCAGCGCUCGUCGGGGUUGCGCCAGUCGCAAAUGCAAGACCAGUACGGCUCUGCACCUCCCUCGUCUCCCCGCCAUCCCGCAUUGCCUGCAGCGGGCAUCGGCGCGGGCCCUAACGCCUCGCCUACAUCACCGAUUGUCCCCCUCGCCGCUGGUCCUUCGUUCACACCGUCUGCUAUGCAAGUCCAUAUCUCACCCAAACCCCGCGCGUCCGCGCAAUACCCGACAUAUAUCACGCCUCCCCCUGUUAUGAACAACAUGAACGCCACCUACACUCCUGCUCAGGCCCCCUGUGCGAUGCGUGACCAAGACAUGGCCGACGUCGAUGUCACGAGUCCCGGUGUCUGGGAGCGGGAAAGCGACGUGUUGUACGAGGAGCUUCUCAACCGCGAAAUGGAAGAGGAGGUCGCGGGCAUCGCUCCCCAAGAGAACUCCUCUCGUCCACGAGCGAGGGGCAUGCCUUUGUCCGAACAGAACCUUCGUGUUUGGAUCAGCAUUAACCCCAAAGAGCCCUCGUCUCGACAGCAGACGCUGGAUCAAUAUGUCAGGUCGCAACGAACUCUACUUGAGGCCGAGGCGCUUGCGCAUGCUCGUGCUAUGCGCGAGGCCAAGCAGCUCGAAGAGAAAAUGCGUGAUACAUACUCGCAGCUUCGACGGUCGGCAUACGAGCUGGGCACCACUGCUCAGCUUACCGACGAUCUCAGUGGCGUACGUAUCAAAGCCCCACGCUCGUCUUCAGUGCCUACCGCUUCCGCCCUUGCGAAGACUGACUUGCACGGCCGCGAGGUUACCUUGCUGGAAAAUGGUAUGAUCGUCGAGCAUGUCGACGUGCGCAAGGAGGAGAAGGAGGAACGCGACCGCCAACGGAGGGAAGCGAGACGCGACAGGAGUCGUGCUCGCAAGUCGUCGCGUGGCUCUGCCAUUGAUGUUGCGUCCAUAUACUCCAUGCCUGUUCCGGGGACGCAGAGACUCGGAACAAACGACAGCGGGUUCUUUUCUGGUCCCAAAGGAAGCGAUUCCCGCUAUUCACAGUCAUUCUCGCCGAGGCCAAGCAGUAUGCUUACUACUGGCGAGCGACCGCACAUGCUUCCUCGUGCGUACUCUCAGGCGUCCUUCUCGGACAUGCAGAGCAUUGGGUCUUCGACGUCACCGAGGCGUUCCCGGUUCUUCGGAUUCAAGAACCUCACCGCAGGGUGGAGGAGUCAAGAAAGCUUCGCGCCAUCAGGGAGCAUGAUGGAUAUGCAUGUCGCUUUGCAGCGGGAGGAGCAGUACUUGCAGCAACAUCCUUUGGCCGAGCCUGCUAGCAACACGCCGACUCUACGGGUUGGUGAACAUUUGGACGAAGGCUCAUCUCGCACUGCAACGCCUGCUAAUGGCUUGGAGCCCAAAAAGAAGAAGAAUGGGCUCAAGAAGAUUUGGAAGAUCGUGACGGGCUCGAAGGGCAGUUCCCACCAGAAGAGCCAUACGCAAUCUCGGUCAAUGGAGAAAUCGGAGGACUACGCUCCGCUGGCACCGCCGCCGCCGUUGUCGUACCUGGUGGACAGGGACCGUGGUCCUGGGUCCAGACGGCACGUCUCCACUCCUUCACUGCCCACGUCCAUCUCGCCUAACCCUGUGUCCCCGUACCCUGCCUCCCUCGUCACCGCGCCUUCUAGUAUUAUUCCCUCGCCGACGUCGUCAAGGCAUCCUAUGCCAGACAAGGACAACCUCAGCGACAGUCGCAAGACCAGCGGCACUCUGGAGGAGCAACAUCAUCGAGCACCAUCUGGGGACGCUUCCACCCCUCCGGAGCUUGACACACGUGGACGGCCAACCCAGAGUUCUUCGAGGACGCUGUCAAGUCUGGGACCGCAAACGCCUGUCACAGCACAGUCGCGUGUCUCAAUAGCGAUCAGGCGCGACAAGUCGCUACCACCGUUGCCAACGGAAGCAGUUGACUUCCCUCAAGGCAGUCCGAUGACAGACGGGCGUCCGCAGACUAUGUUCACCUAUGGUCAUCUGCCCAUGUCGUUCUCCAGCGACAAACUGGAGCCUCCGCAAGCGCCCUUCCGUACCUCAGAUAAACGGAGGCAGUCUUUCGGGGGUCUGUCGUCGAAGGCGAUAAUGCAGAGCCUCCCGAUGAAGGGCGUGUUCGGGUCCACUCCUGUACCGCCCUUCCUUGCGGAAGAGCGCUACAGUGAAUUCGGUGCUUCGCGCUUCUCUUUGAGAGACGUCGACAGCUCUGGUGGGACCGGGACGCAGCGCUCACGAGACAGCACUGCUCGACCCAAACGACCAAGGAGCCGUUUUGGGCUGUCGGCGCUUUUCGGCAAAAAGUCGUCGCAUAGUAGCCAGAGUGGGGAGAAUGGCCAGGAUAGCAUCGUCAACGGCCUCAGGUCAUCGGGGUCUGACCGCGAUUAUCCUAUGAUCACGAAUGGCAACGGCUAUGCGCACACAGGCUCAACCUCCGCACAUAGUGGGAACCAGCGGAUGUCGGUCGCAUCGCGAAAGAACAUCGCAGAGCUGGUCGACCAGGACCCCGAGUUCGUUGCGUACCGGUAUCCGUCAACAGACGCACGCCUCGAGGUGCGGUAAUCCCGUUGUCCCAUCCCCCACUCUUGUUUCUCUCGGUUUUGUCACUCUGGUCGCUCGGUAAAAGGAGAUUCUUGCUGCCUGAUGGCGGUUGUACAUGGCGUCUGGUACUUCUUAACGUAUUUCGCUCACACUCAUUCUCGCUCUGUUGUCCCAUCGGUCUAGUCAGCACUGCUACUGUUUAUUCUAGGCAUCGCUGCUCAUGGCAUUCCCUCACUGAUAUACGGAUAACCCCUCGGACUAAUCUCUCUAUGCUCCGUCCCAUCGUCUUGCAUUCAACUGUCGCACGGACGGUACCCUAAUGUCCGCGCUCUAGUUUCGGCCAUCUUGGCAACUGUGUAUGCUAGACGUUUUUGGCCGUUUAUUCGAGAUAGUACUCAGGCGUUCAUUGACUAUCUCAC